CUACCAACAGAAGCAAGACUUUCGACUUUCGUUAUCUCGAUAUUUAGGACAUUUUUUUAAUUGCAUCAAUGUAUGCAUCAAUGUAUGCGCAGUUUCGUUAAAGUUAUAACUUGAAUGCAUUAUAUCACGCUUUUUAUACCAUUUUACCACAUUGAGUUUAGUUUAAAAAAUACAGUGCAAGUGAUGUGUUGCUAUUAACUUUCUACUUUUACUUUCGUUUUGAAAUUCCUGAUGAAAUUCCACAUAUUAUAAUUAAUGUAGGUUUUACAAAGUUGACUAUAUGAAUAUGAUUUAGCGGAAGUCUUCAAAAUUGUUGAGAAAGUUGCAAUAAUCGAACUCUCAGUUACUUACCCCCUGGGUCGCUGUACUUGUUAAUGGCUACCAUACCGUUAAGCUGCGAUGUCUGCAUCAAGACGUUUUCAGGACAUGUCCCUGCCCAGCAGCACUUCGCCAGCGCAGAACAUAGACGGAAACUGGAAAAUCAGUCUCGCUCAAAUCACAGUGGGCACUAUUGCAGUGUGUGUAAGAUAAGUUGUGACACAGCUGAUGUAUUGAACAACCAUUUAAUAUCACCGAGACACAAUGCAAUGGUUGAAAAGCAACGCGGCAUGGAUUGCAGUUCGAGAUCAAAUUCGACGCAUUCAAAAGAUCGCUCUUCUAAUAACGAAUAUGAUUUUGAUGGUAAGCGAGGCUUUUGUCAUGUGUGCAAAUUAGAAUUAACAUCACCAUCCCACGCAUCAAGUCAUUUAAAUGGUAAAAAUCACCAAAAGAAAGCACUGCAAUGGGCCGUAAGAAACAACAAACCAGCAUCGACAACCAACACAAAUUCUGAGAGAUGCAAUGUUUUUCGUAGGCUCGAUUAUCAAGACAAAACUUUCGUAAGAGAAUCAACUGAAAAUACAGGUCAGCAAGUGUCGGGGGCCGAGGCUUAUUCUCGAGAUCUGCCUUUGGGAUCGGUAAGCGAUUUAUUUCGUGACGUAUGUCAUGCCGGAUUCACUGGGCCCGAAACACAAGAUGCGCAUAUGAUUGGAGAAAAACACAGAAAUGACCAUGGAAGAUUUGAAGCAGAGAAAAGUGGAGCCGUACAGCCGUUGGGUUGUAAUGCAUGUAAUAUUAAUUAUUUCUCGGGGCCGGAAAGUGCCGACGAUCAUUUUAAAAGUCAAGCACAUGCUAAAAACACAAAGAACAAUAAUAUAAAGAAUCGUUCACCAACCAGCGAUUCUCGUACUUCCAGUUUUAAAAAUGUCAACAUCGACCGUGCUGAAACAUUCGUAAAGCAAGAAAUGCAAGCGUUCAAGCCAUUGGUACGAAACGAUAACACUGAUGACCAUACAUUGUCGACAGUAAGCGAUUUGAACAUAAAACCUUUUGAAUCUGAUCGGCAUGGCAAUCGAGGCCUAAACUUUGAAAGACAAGAAAGCAGGGAGACAGAUGAGGGAAAGAUCAAAGAAGACAUGCAAUCUACCACAACAGAUAAUUUAAGUCACUUGAGUUUGAGUUCGUUUGAAUCCGACGCUAGUUCUGGUCGAAGCAGCAGGGUCACUGCUCCUUUUCGGGUUGUUGUAAAUCCAGUUGACAGUUAUACGACGGGUAUAGGGAGAGGAAGAGGGGUUUUGGAUAUACUUGAACAGAGACAGACAUUGUCAUUAGGAGGAAUGUUUCUGAAAACUGAACGAGAAGACACGGCUCUCAAACAAGGAAUGAAGACCGAGGUCAGUGCCAGAAAUGUUUCAAGCUUUAAUGAUACUGUAAAGUUGAGUGCGGUUGAACCGGUAUAUAGACCACUAAACGCGAGGGAUAAUUUAGUGCUCUCGGGAAUAAAUGGUUUAUCAAACUCCAAUCGGCCAAUGUUUGAAAACGCCAGUUGUUCACAGGCAAAUAUUUAUCCUCAGCAUCGGAUUGUCUCUUCACCUUCGGACAGCGACGACAAUCUCAGUAGCGAAGGUAAUAUCUUUGAUGCUGGAAUGCAGGUAAAUCCAAGAGGAUCGUAUUUGUCAUAUUUAAGUCAAGAACCGACAUCAGCUGCUGAAAAGACACCAGUUGCAGAUUACAAUUUUGAUACAUUAACUGGAACAGGACGAUGCUUUUUAUGCCGGGUAGAUUUCACUUCCGAACAACAUAUGCAACAACAUGUUAGCGGAAAGAACCACUUGAAGGCGAAACAACAUAAACAGACAAGAAGGCCAGUUAGCACUGUUAGCGUAGCGGAUCUACAGCCAUCGAAGAGAGUAUUUGUUUGCGACGCUUGCAGUGUCACAAUAUCUGGUUAUGACAACUAUCAGCAACACCUUCAAGGUGCGAAACAUAUGAAAAAUACGACUACAAGUGCUUUUGACGCGAUAGACAAAACCAUCUGGCACACGUGCUCUGUAUGUUAUACACAAUGCAACACGUCUGAGCACUUACUCAUUCAUAUGAAGGCGAAGCAUGCAAUCGAAGAAAUUGACGUGCCGGUUAAGGUUUCCUAUUGUGAUAUAUGCAAAGUUCCUUGCUCUGGAGAAGACAAUUAUAGGCAACAUUUAGAAGGAGCGAAGCAUAGAAAGGCCGCUGGAAUUUCAAGUGAACUACCGAUAAUAGAAUCGACAGAUCGAACCGCUUGGUGUGUAUGUCCGACGUGUGGUGUGAAAACAAACACGUUCAAGCAUUUAGAGAUUCACAUGCGUUCCAAACACGCACAAGACGCUGUUCAUCCAGCAAAAGGCAAUCCUUUCGACAAGACUAGCUGGCAUAAGUGUACCGUCUGUGGCUCGAAAGCCAUCACCGUUGAACAGCUUCAGACGCAUAUGAUACAAACUCACCAAACAUACAACACAUGGGCUGAGAACUCAAAAAAUGCAUCACAUGAUAGAGAUCAUAUUGGGGACAGAUCAAACGCUGGUUAUAAAUCGCCACUUGACGAGUUCCUACAAGAAGAACUGUUUCCAGCAGAGUUUUUGCCAACAGAACUUAAAGAUUGUCAGUCACUCUAUACAAAAUCAAGAAUUGAGCCCGAAGUGACAACAACACGCGUGGCUCUUCCGCACAAAUAUGCACAAGUUUUGGAACAAGAUUCUGGGUCUCCUACUGACAACUGCACAAAUAGUAACGUUAAACGAGGUAUGCCUUCAGACCUUGCAUACGCAACACGGACCAAAAACGUUGGCAAACAGGAAAGCAAUUUUAAAGCAGCGACAGGCGUAUAUCAUCCGUCAAAAAGGACCGAAGCCUCGACCUGUACGAAUCCCUAUGCUGCUACACACAACUACUACUGUCACACAUGCAAGGCGCCCAUGAACACUCAAGAAAGUUAUGAGGCGCACAUGAAAGGAAAGCGUCAUCUGUCGAAAGUGUGCACGGAGCCUGCCCCUGUGCGCGAACAUCUGCCUGCAUUGGAUUUCGCAUCAAAUUAUGUUCCGUACACCGUCAGUAAACCACGCAACUACCAGUUAGAGCUGUACAGAAAAGCAAUGGCAAAUGAUGUUCUUGUUUUCCUCCCUACUGGCACAGGUAAAACAUUGGUAUCAGUGAUGACGAUCAGCGCGAUGCUUGAGAAGUUUCCAACGAGGAAUGUGUUGUUCCUUGUAGACAAAGUGCUUCUCGUAUUGCAACAGUCGAAAUACAUCCAAAGGGAGAUUGGAGAAAGAUCGUUUUACAGAUUUAAUGAUGAAACAGAAGACUGCACAGAGCUUGUAGAAAGACGCUUACGCAUUGCGGCCCUUUGUAUGGGUCAACAGUCGACAGGUGGCGUACCUCUGUGGAAACAUGACGUCAUUGUUGUGACGGCAGCGUUUUGUCAAAAUCUGUUAGACAAAGGUAUUGUCCGUUGGGAGGAUUUUAGCCUAGUUGUAUUUGACGAGGCGCACCAUUGUGAUAAGGACCAUCCAUUUAAUCAGCUACUGACCAACUAUCAGCGGAAAGGAAACACAAUUAAACCAAAGGUAUUGGCUCUGACCGCUUCACCGGCUGGUAAAAAGAAUGUACAGGAAAGCUUUGGAAUGCUCGUGAAACUUGUUGAAAACUUAGGCCAGGCGCGCAUGAGCAUUGUUGAGGAGCCCAAGUGUAAAGCCACUCUAGAGAGCUAUCAGUCGAAUGCUAACAUGGAAACACGGACACCGAUGGAUGGUGAAGAGGACUCGGACCAAGACUCUCAAUUUGGUUUUCAGAAGAGCUUUAGCAAGGAACUCAAUAUAUACAUCAUGUACUGUGUGCUAAGACUCGCAGAGGUGUCGGAUAUAAGAAUUUACGUGGCCAUUGACAAAAAACUGAAACCAGGCACUGCAGAAGCUGUGAUACGAAUGUUAGCUGAUGAUUUUGUUUCCAAAGAGCUAGAUAAUAUUCAGAACAGCUUGAAUGACAUUAAGCCAAGCAGCAAUAUCGAAGAAGUUGAGUUUUCCAUGCUUAGAUCUCACACACAAGGGGUCUGUAUGGCCCGGAGCAGUCUGCUGGAUGGUGGCGUUUAUUGUGCUCUAAGAGAUCUCGAUGAACUUGGAAAAGCAAACUUCAAUUUUGCCAAAUCAAUCGGCCUUCCAACCGAGACGCUAGUUGAAUUGCAAAUGUGUGACAGGGACCUAUUCUUCAUUGAAUCCCCUCCAGUGAAUAUGCCGAACAUGCCGCUCGAUAAUCACGUCAAACAUUUGAUCGACAUUUUGACCGGUAUCGAACGUGACGAUUCAUUCUCUGGUGGUAAUACCAUAUCACUUGUGCUGGUCCAACAAAGGGGCACGGCUUUCCAUUUGACAGACCUGCUAAAGCGGUCGGAGCGUAUGCAGCGAGCGGGGCUACUCACUACCACAAUGGUAGGCCACGGAUCGACAGGUUCCAGUGCUGGGGGAAUGAGUGUCAAGCAACAGAAGAGCGUCUUGGAAGAAAUAAAACAGAACAAGUAUCAGGUGGUCGUCGCCACAUCGGUCGCAGAGGAAGGCGUUGAUUGGCCGGAAUGUGACCGCGUGAUCAGCAUGUACCCGCCCAAAACUGUCACUGCGCUUGUGCAGAUGCGUGGGAGAGCGCGCAAGAAGGACAGCAAGUUCAUAGUGCUGUGUACCAGCAGUGCGGAGGAGGGAAAACUGACCGAUAUCAUGGAAAGAGAGAAAUACAUGAUUGAGGCCACUGCUUGGCUUGUUCAGCUGCAGAAAAACGAGGAGUGCAAUAUUGUCGUUCCAUUGCCUGCACCUACGUCCCGCAUUGUCCCGCGUCUUUCACCUGCAUCAACGUAUCGAAACCUGAUGACUAUUCCCACCAGAACAGAUAGCGUUCAAUUCAUGCAAAGUUGUUGGCCCAUAAGUUCAGGCAUAAGUGAAAUAUCACAGCGACGAGUUGUGGAAUUUGUAGAGGAGAUACGUUCAUCGCGAACAUCAAGGCAGAACAAAAGCACCCGACGAACAACGUCAGUUCAGACCACAUUCAUGAAAGAUAGAUCAUACCAAGAUAAUACUGAAACCAACCAAAGAGCAACUAUCUCGCAUCCGACUGGGUCGAAGAGUCAAGGGAAAAUUCGAAAAACAGUAAUUCAGACCACCUUAGAAGAUAGAUCAUACAAAGAAAACACGGGUAUCAACCGAAGAGCAACCAUCUCACCUUCGACGUUAAUGACAAAGAAAAGAUUGAGAUUGAAAAAAAGGCAAAGAAGUCAUACGCCCCAACUUAUUAGCUGGCCAAGUGAUGAAUCUGAUGACGAACAGCACAGAAAGCGAGCUAGAUUGGAAUCACCUGGGUUAUGGCGAACGAGUCCUGUUCCACAAGCGGCAUAUUUAACAGAUCACAGGUCACGUGAUUGUUCCCAGUCUGUUCGAAAACGAACGACAGGCAAAUCAGCAGGGCGAAGGAGUUUUCUUUCACAAUUUGUAGCUGAUCCCAGGUCGCGUGAUGGUUCGGAUCAAACUAGAAAACGAAAAAAAGAUGAAUCACCAAUAUCAAGGCAAAGAAGUCAUACGCCCCAACUUAUUAGCUGGCCAAGUGAUGAAUCUGAUGACGAACAGCACAGAAAGCGAGCUAGAUUGGAAUCACCUGGGUUAUGGCGAACGAGUCCUGUUCCACAAGCGGCAUAUUUAACAGAUCACAGGUCACGUGAUUGUUCCCAGUCUGUUCGAAAACGAACGACAGGCAAAUCAGCAGGGCGAAGGAGUUUUCUUUCACAAUUUGUAGCUGAUCCCAGGUCGCGUGAUGGUUCGGAUCAAACUAGAAAACGAAAAAAAGAUGAAUCACCAAUAUUAAGACCAUUAUGUCCCGUUAAGAGUCUUCCGCCCCCUCCAUGCUGCACACACCGUUAUUCUGAUUCUGAUGAGGCCGUGGAAUGCCAAAUGUUUUUCUUUCAUGAAACUCAUAAUGCAACAUUGGUACUAAACCAAACGCGCAUCGAACGCUGCGAUGAACAUACAGAAUCUAAUGGAACUUUUACAAGUAUUUAUGCUGAAGACUACAGCUGGGAGUCGGAAAAGAACAAAUCAAAGCGAUCACGCAAAAGGAAUCAAAACAGAAGAAGAAGAAAACGUGGGUCAUUAGCUCGAUUGCAUAUAUUACUUCAAAAGAACAGAGUUGACUUAACUAAAAGACUUGCCUCGCCCACUCUUACCAGUGUGUCUGACCGAACACCAAGUUUGCGAUCAAACACGAUUGAAAACAUACUAACAGAUGACAUUGAAACAAGUUUCAAAAGUAGAUACAAUUUGGGAACUACCUCAACAAGGUUUAAGAAAUCCCGAAAGAGAAAUCCUGAAUAUCCAAAGGCAGCUUACGGAAGCUCAUUGGUUCGACAGUCGGCUCUUUUGUGUAACGAUUCUGACGGUGCUCUCUCACGAUCACAACGAUAUGUUGAGAUGACAAGUAAGGAUAAAGGGUUGAUGAAAAUAACGUUCACCAACAAGAGGAACUAACAUCCAGCAUCAUGACAAGUAUCAGUUUCUCAGUAAUUACGGAUGAUUCGUUUAUGUAUUGAUCUAAAGGAAACAUCAUGGAAUAAUAAAUGAUUGGGCUUUUGGUCUCGUUAUAAGAAAACGUCCAUUCUAGCUUAAAUUGAUUCUGCCAUAUAGUACAACACAUUUACAACCGAAACAGAAACCGAAAGUUAAAAUUAACUGAAAAGAAAAUAACAACACUGACUUCGGAAACACACCAAAGAACCAUACAUGGCUGUAUACUGAAAAUAAGAAGUCGUGGUGUCACAUUGUUAAUAUAUAAUAUCUUUAAACAUUGAUAACAUGUUUCAAUUGGUUAGGCUCUUUAUUUUAAACAUCACGUCUAUUUUUCUACGUCAUACGUAUUCAGUGUUCCUUAUAGCAAUAGCCAAACUGUCAAGGCUUGUUUCAUGUUUAUAUCCCGCAACGAUAUAUAUUCAUACGACACACGAACACUUACAUGGUACACGAACAUGUGUUUGAUAUAUUGUCCAACACACAAAAUGAGCAUAUCGUAUCUUGUUAAAUCUAUGUUACCAGACCACAUCUAGCGUUAACAUUUUGGCUAUUGCUAUAAGGAACAUCGCUUCGUUGUCGCCUGUUACAGACAGACAGACAGAAAGAUUUUUUAUUCAAGACUUUAGUACCUCGUCUAUAUAUAUAUAUAUAUAUAUAUAUAUAUAUACAAUCGCACCUGUGCAAAAGUCGCCAUGAUUAGAAUUUUAGUAUAUAAGCGACCGUUAGAUAGUAAAAUGUUUGCCAAAGCGUGCAUGGAAACAACAAGAAGAAGAAAACUUAAGUCCACUAAAUCGUUAUUCAGUAACAGCUGACAUGAAUGUGAUGGAAAGAUGGAGUAGUCACCAAAUGGGAAUACAAAAAAGUAGAUAUCUUUCAAAAUAUACAGCAUAUUUGAUUUUAGUAUUUCUGUAUAUUAAUGCGGCCACUUGAAAAAAGGUUUAGAGAUUAUAAAGAUGGACAAAUACGUGAAAACGUUUGUUGAGAGAUUGCCUUAACGACACGUGCUCACUUCAGGAGCGCCAGUGAUGGCUACAGACCCAAGAAGACACGGAACUGAUGCGACUGAUUUGAAUUCAAACUCAUUUAUCUGUAAACUUACAACACAUACAUAGAUUUGCUUAAAUACCUAAUACUAAUUAUUUAUCUCCGAAACCGAUUUUUAGUUUUCGUUGUUUUCCUCAAACAAUAUAGUCCCAAUGCAUGAGAAGAUAAGUCAUCCCAAAUUAAAUUAAAAAUAUAACUGUCUUUAUUGUCAGUUUUGUUCUGGUUUCUGAUUCGUUUGUUUUUAUUUUGUUAAAAUUGCAUGUCUUUUGUUUUUCAACAGAAGCAGACAACUAAUUAUAUUUAUAAAGGAAUGUUAAUCAUUAUCUAUAUGUAAAUGUAUUUGAAAAUUAUAACAUAAAUAAAUUAGUUAACAUUUA